AUGGCGAGUGGUCUUAAACUUACAGAAUUUGUAAAAAGGCCUGGCCUUGGUACAAAAGGAAAGCGUAUAAGAGUUCGCGCUAAUUUUUUCGAGGUUACUGGACUGCCUGAUGCCAACAUACAUCACUAUGAUGUUACAAUUACUCCUGACGUACCACCUGCCUUAAACAGAAGAGUCUUUAAACGGCUCGAAGAACUUGAACGUAAUAAUGGUUUGGGUGACGUUAGACCUAUCUUCGAUGGUAGAAAAAACAUUUUUACUGCGAAACCUUUGCCGUUUGGAGAGACGACAACAUUUGAUAUAAAUAUCCCAGAAGACGAUGGCGUAACGUCAACAAAGCGUCCACCACGUUCUUUCAAGAUUAAAAUUAAAAAGGUCAACACAAUUAAUAUGGAAGAACUUAGAAGAUUUUUAGAGAGUAAAUCAGAGUUGACACCAAAUUGUUUGACUGCUAUCAUGGCACUUGAUGUUUUGGUUCGGCAUCAUCCAUCAAUGACGUAUACUACUGUCGGAAGAUCAUUUUAUACCCCCGAAGGUUCACAGCCUCUUUUUGGCGGUGUGGAAGUAUGGCAGGGGUAUUAUCAGUCUGUUCGGCCUACGCCUAAUUCAAUGAUGAUAAAUAUUGAUUUAAGCGCCACUGCGUUUUAUGAAGGCGGUCCAUUGGUCCAAAUGGUAUUGAAGUUGCUUAAUCGACGAUCCGCUGAUGAAUUACGUCGUGGAAUAAGUGAUAGAGAUCGUCUUAAGCUUGAAAAAUCGUUAAAAAAACUUAAAAUCAAAGUUACACAUAGAGGUGAUACUGUAGCGAAACGUCGAUUCAAGAUACUUAAAAUAACAAGUACACCUGCUUCUUCAACUAAAUUUGACGUUGAAGGUCAAACUACUGAUGUGGCCUCGUACUUUCAAAAGACAUAUAACAUGCGUCUUAACUAUCCGUUUCUUCCAUGCGUCGUGAUUCGAAAAGAAAAUUACCUUCCUAUGGAAGUAUGUGAUGUAAUUGAAGGUCAACGACAUGUUCGUAAAUUAAACGAAAGACAAACUGCCGAUAUGAUUAAAUUUACAUGUCAGCAACCUCAUAUGAGAGCAAACAAAAUCAAGCGAGGAAUUGAAAUUCUCAAUUAUCGUCAAAAUCCAUACCUUCAGCAAUUUGGUAUGAAGGUUUCAAGUGAUAUGGUGGUAGUAAAUGCACGCGUUCUACCUAUUCCCACUUUACAGUAUCAUCCAUCAUCUAGGGAGGCCUCCUUUAAUCCCAGGGAUGGUCAAUGGAAUUUAAGAGAUAAAAAAGUUGCAACUGGUGCUACUCUUGGUUCAUGGGCUGUAAUCGCGUUUGGAGGUGAACGUGAUAUGGGAAUGCAAGCCAUAAGUCAUUUCAUUAGAGAAUUGAUCACUACUUGUCAAGAUACUGGCAUGAAUAUACCAACUAGAAACCCUCCUAUAUCGUACGCUAACCCUCAUGGUGACAUUGAAGCUUCUAUUAAACAGGCUUGGGUUCGUGCUGGUAACGCCGCAAAGAAUAAACCACAAUUGAUAUUGUGUAUAUUACCAAACACGGGUGUUGGACUGUAUGCUGAAAUUAAACGUGUUAGUGAUACUGUUAUUGGGGUGGCAACUCAAUGUGUUCAAAGCAAACAUAUGUUUUCUGCGAAAAAGCAAUAUUGUGCAAAUGUUUGUCUUAAGAUGAACGUGAAACUUGGAGGAAUGAAUUCUUUCAUUCUUCCUGCUGAAGUACCAUUUAUUUCAGAAAAACCAACUAUUUUAAUGGGUGCCGAUGUUACACAUCCUGGUCCUGGUGAUACUAUUCGUCCAUCCAUUGCUGCUCUUUGUGCUUCAAUGGAUUCCAAAGCAUCACGUUAUGCUGCUUCUAUUAGAUAUCAAACUGGUCGUCAGGAAAUCAUUACUGAUUUAGCCAGCAUGUGCAAAGAAUUAUUAAAAACUUUCUACCAAACUUGUGGAAAGAAGCCAGAAAGAAUUUUAUUUUAUCGUGACGGUGUUUCUGAGGGCCAAUUUUCACAA